AAUAUUUCACAUAUCAGUUGUAAUUUAAACCUGGAUUGAAAUGAUGGGGCGCAGUUCACAUACAGUUUUAUAUAGUGCACCACCCUUGAAAAGUGUCGGAAGUCGGUCUGGUUCUUUCCUGGAGGUUGUCAAUGACGCUUUACCGUGCAACGUGCUGGAUUCUACUUGUAAACAUGGACUUAUUUGCAGAAUCAAAACAGUUUUGAGUGAAAGUGGGUACUAGUGGUAUAUCAUGCAAAGUUGCGGUUAAAGACACCGGACCCAGGUUUCUGAAUCUAGUCCAACAAUGGAAUGGGAUGGUGAACAUUUGCUGGAUCUUCCCUUAAGUGCCUUUCCUGGAGAGCAAGAUUUUCAGCAGGUCAUAGGUGACAUUGAUGCAAAACUGAAAGAGAAUGCUCUGUGCAUUGAACAAAAUUUUAAAGAUCUGCAGCUAGCAGUGAGUGAUUUGUGCUCAGAAGAAAUUCCAUCAAAUGUUGUGGACCCCCUGCAGUGGUUAACAGACUGCAGCGUCAGUUUUCGAAAACCUCUUUCAACUCAUCCAGAUCAACUGCUUGAGUUCCUGAAGUGCCUGCAACAUUUUUUGAAGACAGAACAGGGUCAGGAAGAGAUGGUAUUUCAGUUUCUUCUUGAUCUCUCUAGUCAGUGUGGUGUCAUAUUUCCAUCUUUUCCAAGUGUAUCAUCCUUCCAUUUUACAUCUAGUGCAUCUGUUUGUGCUGUAGAUGAUGACUGUUCCAUGGACAUUAAAUCUGUAUGGGACGAUGUACGUUUUCAUCUACGCCGCUUUGUGUUUGACAAGAUACGCUGUUAUCAAGAGUCAGACAUUUCAAAGAAAAUUCACUUUCAAAUAUACUGUUUGAAACAGCUUCAACUUUUAUUUCCAGAUUCUGAAGUUUUGACAAAAUACCAAAACAUGCGUUCUAAAGUGGUGCAAGAUUUCUUAAAGAAUUCGGUGCUUACAUACUCAGAAGAGUUAAACUUUGAUAAAGUGGCUUAUAGUUACCAAACUGCAGUGCCUGUGCUAUGCACUAUGGUAGAAGAAGACUUAUACACAUUAAUUGGAAUUACAGACCCCAUGUCAGUGGUGAAAUUAAUUAAUGAAACACACUUGUCAAGCACCGUGGAAGAGCUUUCUACAGUUAUUGAAAGGCUUUAUGAACUGCAUUUCAAAGAAAGUACCAAGCAUGCAACUAAAGCCAUCAAAAGUACAAACAAGCAGAAGGGAGCAGUGCACGUCCUGGAUGCUCAAGAGGAGAUCAAGAAAGGGAAGAACUUCAGUUUUACAUCACAUCAACUCAAAUGUCUUGCCCACCUUGCAAAAGUACUUCUUUGUAUGGAAAGCAAAGUAGAGCAUCAGUUUGCUGAAUUGGUAUUAUGCGGAAGAGGAAUGGCUCAAAAUGUGCAAGGUAGAAUGUUUAGUCAUAAACUGUUAGAAGGUGGGAUAAGUGAGUCUCAGAAUAUUAGAUCUGAAAGACUGGGUGGCUGUGUCAGUCUCAAGUCAGCAAGUGGUUUAAUGGCAAGAAUGUACGGCAACAGUUGUGACCCUGAAUAUCGGCGGCAUUAUAAUGUUAACAUUUCUUUCUCAAAUGUUACAGGGUUGUCCAAACAAAUUUCAGAGGAAGAGUUAAUGAAGAAAUUGUUGAAAAGUGAGACCAGUUCUCAGACUCAUCUAUUACUACAUGUAGACGAGCCACCUUCUUUGGAGUUUUGCUGGAGGAACAUUUUCAGAGAUGUGUCUGUUUCAUUAGCCAGUUGUUUAAAAUCAGCUGUUGAGGACAUCUGCCUUAAGUGCUUACAGUAUGAACAGAAUGACCAGUCUUCGGCUGCAGGCUAUUCCAUUAAUGUGGUAAAUAUUCAGCAUGUGAAGGGAUCUUGUGGAACACUAAACAAAGACGAGCAGCCAAAGAAAGUUGCAAAGUUCUGUUCCGACAUCAUGGAAGAAGUUGAGGCAUUACUUCCUCUAGCUGUGGCAUGCAGAGAUGACGGUCUCCAGGAGAUUAGAGCAAACUUUGUAGAGGCCUGCUGUAAAGUAGCAACAGCUGUUUUAGCAAGACUUAAAGAGAGAAGCAAUGAAAUUCCCUCAAAAGCUCCAGUGCAGAACCUGUAUGCCAUUCUGUCUACUGCGAUUCAUGUCCUUCAGUUUUUGAAUCAUUGUGAGGCCUCGAUGAAAGAAAUUAGCAAGAAGCCCCUAUUCCUAGUGCCUGUCCAGCGGUAUCAGGAAUUCAUCAAUCGUCUACGUUUUCAAGUUACGGAUUACUGCCUCAGAGUUUGUACUACAGUGAUUCUACAGGAUGCUGAAUGCCACCACUGGGAUGACACAAAAUCUUUUUAUGAGGGGGAGCGAUGCUCGUUUUCCAUUCAAAUGUGGCAUUAUUACAGCUGUGCUCUCCGACAUGAUCUGUGGAGUGUGUUACCUCCAAAACUAGCCCAGAACAUUUUGGCAGAAGUGAUAAGCGAAUCUCUAGCUUUUUUAACCUACAGAUACUGUCAGGCCCAACCAAGCUGUGGAAGAGUACCACAGAUGAGAGCUGAUAUCACUGCCAUUCUGCUCUAUACUGAAAGUCUGCUCUGGUCAGUGUGCAGUUCACCACACACUCUUCUACAGCCAAAUGAAGACACGGGCCGCUGCAUCUUCAUGAUUCAUAGCCAUUGCAAUAGCCUGUUAACUGCUCUAGCCAUUGUGACAUCACCUCUGACAAAUCUUUACCAAAUUUUUCAGAAUAAUCUUCAAGAAGUUAAUGCAUCACCCUUGAAAUGUGCAAAUCUUCAUCUGGUGGACUGGUUGUACAAAAUUAAACCAGAGCUUUUCCAGGACAAUUCUACUAGGAGUCCAUCGGUAGAGCUGGCAGCUCUGGGACAUCUGAAACUGCUGUUAUCCCAGCCAUGUUGUAACUGGAACUUGCUGUUGCAAACAAUGCUACACCAUGAUUGUUUCAUACUGAGAAUUUUACUGGCAAACACUGGACUGGAUGAUCAGAAAAAUACUAAUGAAAAAGGUUCUACAGAAGGGCCUCCUACUAAGCCAGCUAGUUUGAUUAAGGCUGUCUUCAUGAUAUUAUCCAAUUGCAACUUAGCACCAAAAGCUCUUGGAGAUGUUCUUGCAUGUUACAUGGACAAGCAUAGGUUAUGGGACGCUUUGUAUAAUCUGUCAGAUGUCCGUGAAUCAGAACUGGAAAUUUUAAGAUGCCUACAUUUUGUUUUGACGAAUUCUGUAAAGAAUACAAUAGAACAGGUUAUUUCACUUGUAUGUGGAUGGCAGAAAGUGGAUAACCAUGGUUCUUAUUUUUGUAAACAAACUGUUCCUGAAAGCUUACUGAAGAAAAUUCCAAAGGAGUGGAAUUAUACACCUGGGGAAUUUAAAAGGAAAGAGUCAGGAAAAAGUUCUACCAGACUUUUGGCUCAAGCUGUUUCAUUUGUGAUCAGCCAUUUACCUACCGUUGUUGCAUCAAUACCCUUCCCGAUUAAGUACUUAUUUUAUUUGGCGGAACAAAGAUUAACUGAAAAGGCUGGAAUGAGUCAAAGAUGGAUUCUUGUCUGGAACUUGAUCAUGAUUUUAUCCAAGGUAAUUGAAGAUGGAAAUGCUGCUGAAUCCCUAACAGGUCAGACUUUAGACAGCUGGAGCAAAGACAAACUUAGUUUACUUAGUAAAUGUUUGCAAAGUCUUAUUGGACAAGAAGCUGGAAGUUCUGCUCCAGUAAUUGAGAAGGUUAUUCAAAGUAUUGAAAACCAAAGAGGGAACUGGAUUGAAGAUCAUUUGCAAAAAGCAAGAAAACUGAUUUCUGAAGGUGCUUUUAUGUCAGAAAAGAGUUCAGCCUUUCAGGAGGAAGGCAGUACAGUUGAACUGACUGAGCAGAAAAUAGCCAUGAUGGUCCUGGAUAUCUGCCACAAGCCAGGUGGCGGUGAAUACCUGAGGCAAAUUUAUCACAUCAUUCAGCUCAAUGAGGAUUUUUUGAAAGAGUGCCUUCCUUAUGAAAAUGUUUCAGAAAAAGUUGCAUUUUUCACUUGUCCAUUGAACUUAAUUUUGCCAGACACAGAAGAGAAGACUGCUGCAUUUAAUCCUCUUGUUGUCUUCAGCCACUGUGGAGAUGCAUGUUUGGAACAGUCAGCCAUAACUGAGUGGAACUGGGAUUGGUCGUACUUGCUGCCAAGUUGCUGGGGACUGAGUCAGACGACCUUCAGGACUCUGCUAGCAAACAGGUAA